GAUUCGCGUGGCCACGCCCCCACCUUGGGACAGACCCGGAAGCGUCGGAGGCGCUCCUGGGGGAAGAUGGCGCCCUCGGGGCUGAAAGCGGUAGUGGGUGAAAAAAUUCUGAGUGGAGUCAUUCGGAGUGUCAAAAAGGAUGGAGAAUGGAAGGUACUCAUUAUGGAUCACCCAAGCAUGCGCAUCUUGUCAUCCUGCUGCAAAAUGUCAGACAUCCUGGCCGAGGGCAUCACCAUUGUGGAAGACAUCAACAAACGUCGAGAACCCAUCCCCAGCCUGGAGGCCAUUUAUUUGCUGAGCCCCACAGAGAAGUCCGUUCAGGCCCUGAUAGCAGACUUCCGGGGGACCCCCACUUUCACCUACAAAGCAGCACACGUCUUCUUCACCGACACCUGCCCUGAGCCCCUGUUCAACGAGCUGGGUCGCUCCCGCCUGGCAAAGGUGGUAAAGACACUGAAGGAGAUCCACCUUGCAUUCCUGCCCUACGAGGCCCAGGUGUUCUCCCUGGAUGCCCCCCACAGCACCUACAACCUCUACUGCCCCUUCCGGGCAAAGGAGCGGGUGCGGCAGCUCGAGGCGCUGGCCCAGCAGAUCGCCACACUGUGUGCCACACUGCAGGAGUACCCAGCUAUCCGCUACCGAAAGGGCUCAGAGGAUACCGCCCAGCUGGCCCAUGCCGUCCUGGCCAAGCUGAACGCCUUCAAGGCGGACAAUCCUAGUCUGGGCGAGGGUCCUGAGAAAACCCGCUCACAGCUGCUGAUCAUGGACCGGGCCGCGGACCCCAUAUCGCCUCUGCUGCACGAGCUCACUUUCCAGGCCAUGGCCUAUGACCUGCUGGACAUCGAACAGGACACGUAUAGGUACGAGACCACGGGGCUGAGCGAGGCACGGGAGAAGGCCGUGCUCCUGGACGAGGACGACGAGCUGUGGGUGGAGCUUCGGCACAUGCACAUCGCUGAUGUGUCCAAGAAGGUCACUGAGCUUCUGAAGACCUUCUGUGAGAGCAAGAGGAUGACCACCGACAAGGCCAACAUUAAAGACCUGUCCCACAUCCUGAAAAAGAUGCCGCAGUACCAGAAGGAGCUGAAUAAGUAUUCCACGCACCUGCAUUUAGCUGACGACUGCAUGAAGCACUUCAAGGGCUCUGUGGAAAAGCUGUGCAGCGUGGAACAGGACCUGGCCAUGGGCUCCGAUGCAGAGGGUGAGAAGAUCAAGGACGCCAUGAAGCUGAUCGUCCCGGUGCUGCUGGACGCCGCCGUGCCGCCCUAUGACAAGAUCCGGGUCCUGCUGCUCUACAUCCUUCUGCGGAAUGGUGUGAGCGAAGAGAAUCUGGCCAAGCUGAUCCAGCACGCCAACGUGCAGGCCUACAGCAGCCUCAUCCGGAACCUGGAGCAGCUGGGGGCCGCUGUCACCAACCCCGGGGGCUCAGGGACCCCAAGCCGGCUGGAGCGGAGAGAGCGCAUGGAACCGACCUAUCAGCUGUCCCGCUGGACACCGGUCAUCAAGGACGUCAUGGAGGACGCUGUGGAGGACCGGCUGGACCGCAAGCUGUGGCCCUUCGUGUCUGACCCUGCUCCCACGCCCAGCUCACAGGCUGCCGUCAGUGCCCGUUUUGGCCACUGGCACAAGAACAAGGUGGGCGUGGAAGCUCGGGCUGGGCCCAGGCUCAUCGUGUAUGUUGUGGGUGGCAUGGCCAUGUCAGAGAUGAGGGCGGCCUAUGAGGUGACCUCGAGCACUGAGGGCAAGUGGGAGGUGCUUAUUGGCUCCUCCCACAUCCUCACGCCCACCCGGUUCCUGGAUGACCUCAAGACCUUGGACCAGAAGCUGGAAGACGUACCCCUGCCCUGACCUAUGCCCUGCCCCUCUACUGCCCUCUGCAGAGAAAUAAAUUUCCUUCUUCCCGCUG